CACUAAAUAUAGAAGGUUUGGAUGUCUUGGAAAUACCUGGUGGAACGACUAGUGUUUUGCAGCCACCUGAUGUUUCAGUAAACAAGCCUUUCAAAAGUGGAAUGAGAAAAAGAUGGGAAGAAUGGAUCGAAAAAGGAAAAAAAGAAUUUACUACAAAAGGAAAUCGCAAAAAAGCUUCAUAUGAACUUGUUUGUGAAUGGAUAUCUGAAACAUGGAAAGAAAUUAGUUCAAAUGUUUUAGUCAAAUUUUUUGAAUCAACUGGUCUUACUUUGAAUUCUGAUAAUAGCAAAGAUCACAAGAUGUUACAUCGUCUCCAGACAAUUAUCGAAAACCGUCUAGAUAAUAUUGAUAAAGAUGAAGAAAGUAUACGUUUAGAGGAUGAAGAGAAUAAAAAUAUAAUGAAUAUGGAUAUGGAUGAUAUAGAUAUGAAUAGCAUGAAUAUAUACGAUGAUAUGGAUGAUAUAGAUAUAAAUGGUAUAAAUAUAGAUGAUGAUAUAGAUGAUAAUAUGGUGUAUAAUAAAAAUUCAGUGAAUGGUGAGGAUAUAAUGGAUAAGUACAUAACAGAUAAAGAGUAUAAUG